AUGGCCAAAAAGAGCCAGGGCGGCCAUGGGAUGAACAAAAAAAUGAAUCCCGAGCUAAUUCCCGAAAAAAAAACUUUUGAAAAACUUUUUAAAAGCUUUCACUUGGGGCACCAAAACAGUGCCGGUUUCAAGCAGAAUCCGCCGCGGGGAGCUUCGAGAAGGGAGGCCAGAAAAAAAGUUUUUUCGAACUCUUUUCGGGCUCAUUUCGGGCUCGCCGAAACAGCACAGCAUGCAAAAAAGUCGCAUUUUUUGGCCUCCGCCGUACCACCGUGCCAAAGUCAGCAUUGCUCCAGCGCCGAUGGUAUGCUGGUGGUGUUUUUUUGUUAUGUUUUGUCAAUGCCGGCACUUUUGCGAUGAAUGGGGUUCGCUUAGUCAAGCUUUUGGGUUUUUGGAUAUUAGAUCGGAUGGCGAAGGGAGGGAUAUGCGUGGGCUUGGGUCUUAGUUCCGGGAUGGGUUGGAGUUGGGGAUUGGUACUGGAUUGGGUAUCACUAUACUUAUUUCCCGACUUGAGAGACUACUCUCGGAAGCCACUCAGGCAGCAAUGCAAAUUCGGGAUGAGUUGGAGUGCGUCACGCCCCGCGAGGUAGAAGAAGAGGACUGCGACGCGACGCAGAAGAGGGGGGGGUUGUGGGAUUUAGAGCCGGCCGACUCGAGGAAGUGGAAGACGC